AUGUUCGACGUGACUGAGGUCCGACCAUAUCUCGAUGUCUUUGAGGAAGAACAAGCCUCUGCUCACGAGGCUCAAGCUCAAGCAUCUGGGGGCACUGCUCCAGUCCUUUUGAACCGUCAAGUAUCCAGAGCGGCUGUGUUCUUGCGCGAACGGUUCAACGCGCCGGAAUAUGCACACAUUGUCCGAGAGUUUCAAGCCUUUUGCCCUGAAGAACACAUGGACGCCUUACAGGGAAGAAGGCCGGUUCCCGUUCCAGAAACUAAGGUAGCGUGGCUGAUGGAAUCAGACUACUUUGGGGAACCCCGACCUUGCAGAGGACCACUCUCGGCUCAGGAACUCUACAAUGGACUUAAACGUUGGGAGCACCAACCGGACGAUCGGAGGCAUAUUGCAUAUAUCACGGAUCUCGAUUAUUGGACAGUGCCGGCAGUGGCUCUCACAGCGACAUAUAUCCAGACUCCCCUGCUUCGAGAUUGCAUCAGGCGACACCUGAGAUCAGGCAGUACCAUCAGGUGUCUCACUACAGAGCGUCGAUUCUUACCUUUCGUUUUCGAGUUCCACUUGCCAUACUACACCUGGAGGACACAUGGUCCGGAUGAAUUAGUCCCCGAAGACAUGAGGAGAUGCCAGGACGACUUGCCCCUUCGAAUGCGCCAGUCCGUCACAUAUCUGUUCAACGCAGCCACAAAGCCUCACACUGGAGAAGAAUCCAUUUACAAGGCCCAGGUAUCCCUUCUAGUAACAGGGCAGAGCCACGAUAUCUGGUGUGCAUUCUGCUUCGUGGAUACAUUCUUCGACGGAGUCGAUAGCUUGGACGGAGUGAAACACUGUCAACAAACCCGGAGGGCCGAGUACGAAUGUGACCCGCUGACUCGAUUCAAAAAAACCACUAGACUGCCUGUUCUGGACCCACGGCUCUACUUCCUGGACUGCCUGCAGGCGUGGAGCUCUCACGUCAAAGAGGAGUGGGAGAACCUGGUCGAGAUCAUCGAGCCAAUUAUAAACCGACAGAUAGAGAAGAGGGGCCUGGCAAACCCUCUUGAUUACUCACUCGGCAGCGAGCAAGAGCACAUUGCAACCAUCACCGAGGACUACAGGUGGACUUGCAAUGUAACCCGACUACUGACACAGCUUGAGUCAGCAUUGACCCCAACACUGGAGGCUUUGGACAAAUUUCUUCAGAAUCCUGAGCCGGUUCUUCAGGGCGUCGUGACUCCUGAAGAUGCCUUCGAAGCUACCUAUCCCAGACCGCCACCACACGCCUUGACUGGUCAAAAUUCUCGAAACGAGGCAGGCGUCAGAAGAACAUUGGAGGGCUGCCAUCGAUGUAUUGCCAGUAUUGGAGAAGUCUACCGCGAGCUUCGGCAAUCGCACACGAUGGUUGCUAAACUGGUUCGGCUGUGCGAUAUAUCGAGAAGCCAGUUCGAGCUUUACCUGCAACUUCAGGGCAUUCAAUCCAUCCACAUUCAGAAAGAAAGCUCAGUACUGUUUGGGGUGUGCACUCCCCUCAUCAUGGCUGGGACUAUACAGCAGACGGGAUUCGUCACCUUUCAACCGCGGCUCAUAUUCGUCACCAUGACGCUGUUCUUCGGGCUCAUCAUAUGGAUUGUGAAGCCCCUCGCCAGGCAGAUCCUGAUGCUUCUGAACACGUACAGCGAGCGUGCCCGGAAUGCGAGAGGGCGCUUCUUCACGCGACACCGUAGGGCCGGAGAUGCUGGAGAGCCGCGGCAGCAGGGGUUCAGCACUGCAGUCAGUCGACUGCUGGGAAGAGAUCCCGCUCAAGAUAUCCGUCGGAGAGGCGGGGCCGAACAGCAAGUCACAGUUUGA